CUGUGCUUUUCUCAGUUGUUGGAUUGAGGGAUUUUCUCUGAAAAGCGGUGGAGGUCGCCAUCAUCGAGGCUCCUUGCGAGAAUUUGAGGUGAUGGGAAGGAAGAAGAAGAUUGUUGUUCCGGGCCCCAGGCCCUUUGCUCGCCGUGGAGUUGUGAAAGAGGAGGUUAAGGUCGAGGAACCUGUCGUUGAUGCUCACAAAGAGGUUCUGGAGGAUGAUGUUGUGGAGGAGAAGCAGGAGGAGGUCGGUGAGGCGAUUGAAGCUGUUCAUGUUCAUUCUUUUGAAGAUAAAGAGUAUUUGCAUGAGGAUAAAGAACCAGAAAAUGAAGAAGUCGUUGCCGAGUAUGAGGAGAAGGAAAUUGAAGAUGAAGCAGGACAAGAGGAGCAUGUUGAGGAAGGUGAUGAAGAGGCUGAUUGGGAGAGUGUCGAUGAAGAGAUGGUAGAUGAAAUGGAAGGGGAGAUGGGAGAGGAGAUUGAAGAGGAGGUGAAGGAUAAUGGAGAGGAUGCUGAGAAUGAGAAAGGAAACAUGGAUUCUAAGGAAUUGGGAGAGCAACAUAAAGAGCAUCGCAAGCAGAAGGAGUUUGAGGUCUUUGUGGGUGGUCUAGACAAAGAUGCAACUGAGGAUGAUCUUAAGAAAGUCUUUGGAGCAGUUGGCAACCUUGUGGAGGUGAGGUUGAUGAGAAAUCACCUUACCAAGAAGAAUAAAGGAUUUGCAUUCCUGCGUUUUGAAACUGCAGAGCAAGCAAAACGAGCAGUUUUGGAGCUUAAGAAUCCAAUAGUAAAUGGAAAACGAUGUGGUGUUGCCCCAAGCAAAGACAGUGACACAUUAUUCUUGGGCAACAUUCAUAGAACGUGGACAAAGGAACAUCUCAAGGAUACAUUGAAGAGUUAUGGAAUUGAGAGUUUUGAAGAUUUGAAUCUUUUAGAAGAUGUUAACAAUGCUGGGAUGAAUCGUGGCUUUGCUUUCUUAGAGUUCACUUCACGUAAGGAAGCUAUAUAUGCUUAUAGGCAGUUGCAGAAGAGUGGUGCUAGGUUUGGGACUGCACGUCCAGCCAAAAUUACAUUUGCAGAAUCCUUUCUUGAACCAGAUGAUGAAGUCAUGGCGCAGGUUAAGACUGUUUUUGUUGAUGGUAUACCUGCUGGAUGGGAUGAGGAUCAUUUGAAGGGGUAUGUCAAAGAAUUUGGUGAAAUUAAAAAGGUUGAUCUUGCUCGUAAUAUGCCUGGUGCGAGGAGACGGGAUUUUGGGUUUGUCACUUUUGAUACUCAUGACAAUGCGGUGAAAUGUGUUCUGGGUAUCAACGGACAAGAACUUGUUGAAGGUCAAAACAAGAAAAAAGUCCGGGCUAGGUUGUCUAGGCCAGUGAAAAAAGAGAGAGUGAAUACUGGUUCUCAAAGGGAUUUUUGGUCUAGCCAAGGUGACCUUCGAGGCCGUGCUCAUGCAUCCUGGGAUCACCGCCCAGCUCAUAUAAUCACACAGCAUCCAAGCAGACCGCAGAGGUUUCUUGAUGUGCCUACUAGAGGACAUGGAUCGCAGAGGCAUUUCGGUUUUCAUGUUCGACAACUGAAUAUGGCUCCACCUAUGAGUUCGUAUGAAAGGAGGCCUUUGGUUCCUGAUAACAGUUUGAACCGAGAGUAUCAUAGGCAUGGUGAGCUCAAUCCUCGAAAUAUAGCUUCUGUUGACUAUGGGUCUAGAGCAUCAUACAGGGAGGAUUAUUCUUCCCAUGGAUCAGGUUAUUCUGAUAUAGUGCCACGUGGUGCUCCUCGCGUCAUGGGCAACAGACCAUAUGCUGGCGAUGUAUAUGGACAACUACCUGAAAGGCCUAGUGUUGCAUACAGGGGAGAUAGUCAUGAUUAUGUUCCUAUUUCUGGAUCUAAGCGUCCAUAUUUAGCACCUGAUUAUGCCCCUCCUCCCUAUUUUGAUGCAAGCAUGCGCCACACAAGGCCUCGUUUAGAUUAUGGAGCUGGUGCUCGUGUUGCUCGUUAUGAGAAUGCUAACGCUGAAAGGUUUGGUCAGUCUGAUGCCAGAUAUGGUAGCAGCCAUGCUUCUUUUUCUGGUCACGAUCCUCAUGUGUUAUCUGGUAGACACCAGGGAAUGAGCUAUGGUAGAGUUUCUGCAAGCGGCAUUGGUGCUAGUGGAAUGCACUCAACAGGCUUUAGUAGUCACCUUCCCCGUGAUCAUGAUCAGGCAGCUGGUAGCUCUUACCCCGCCUCAUACCCUGGUCAUAGCUUCAGUGGUAGCAGGCACAUGGGUGGUGGUGGAUCAGGCAUAUAUUACUGAGGUCUGAGGGUAGUUUGGAUUUAUGGAAAUCAAUUACAACUGUGGCCAAGAUGGAACAAUUUUGUACAGAUCCAUUCUGAUAAUGUUUUGAGUUUGAAGCAGUAUAGUUCGUCCAGAUCAAUUCCUAGUUGAAGUUUUCAGUCUGGGCAAGAUUACCUCCUUAGUUGAUUAAGAAUGAAGAAAUACUUUUAUGUAUGUCAGUAUAUGAUAUAUGAAUUAGUUGUUAAACAAACAUAUAAAUAAAUAAAAGGGCCCCUAAACUUGAGUUCCA